GCCUCGUGACGUCACGCUUGGUGUAUGGUGGCAGCGGCGGCCGCAGUAGGGAGAGGCGGGGAUUGAGACUCGGGGUGAUCACCGGCAAUACUACUGGCCUGGACUGAAGUACCGUGUCCGCUCCUCUGUGACCGGGGCUGCAUGGAAAGGACGAGCUUCUCCUGAGAGGACCGGGACAGGGUUUCAAGCUGAACUCUAGCAACUCUAGUUGUAGCAGGGGCCAAUCGGGUGUCUUGGAUUUACAUAUGCUGGUGAACAAAAGCAGUGAGAUGACAUCAGGCUUUGCUGUUUCUUCACUGCCCAGUAACAGGCUGGAUGAAGGAAGGUGACCAGGCUCUGUUGCUUAAAGUGAUGAUAAAGGUGGCGACAGACAAGGUUACAGAAAAACUGAGUUCUACUCUCUCAUGGGUGAAGAACACGGUGUCACAAACUGUCAGUCAAAUGGCAAGUCAGGUGGCGAGUCCAUCAGCCUCGUUACACACUACAUCGUCGUCGACCACUCUAUCUACUCCAGCACUUUCCCCGUCUUCUCCGGUACAGUUGAGUCCAGAUGAGCUCGAAUUACUGGCCAGAUUAGAGGAGCAAAACCGGCUGCUAGAGAUUGACAGUAAAUCACUGCGAUCUGUCAAUGGAUCAAGAAGAAAUAGCGGGUCUUCCUUGGUGUCCAGCUCCUCGGCAUCCAGUAAUCUCAGCCACCAUCAGGAGGAGGAUUCCUGGUUGCUCUGGGGACGUAUUGUCAAUGAGUGGGAAGAGGUGUACAGGAAGAAAGAGAAACCGAUCAAGGAACUGGUCAGAAAAGGAAUACCACAUCACUUUCGUGCCAUUGUAUGGCAAUUAUUAUGCAAUGCUCAAAAUAUGCCAAUCAAAGAGCAGUAUUCCGAGCUCUUGAAAAUGACCUCACCGUGUGAAAAGCUCAUCCGAAGGGACAUUGCAAGGACGUAUCCAGAGCAUGAUUUCUUCAAAGAGAAGGACAGCUUGGGGCAAGAAGUUCUCUUCAAUGUCAUGAAGGCAUAUUCCUUAGUGGAUCGUGAAGUGGGCUACUGCCAAGGAAGUGCUUUUAUUGUGGGACUUCUACUUAUGCAGAUGCCUGAGGAAGAAGCUUUUUGUGUGUUUGUAAAAUUAAUGCAAGACUAUCGACUAAGGGAGCUUUUUAAACCCAGCAUGGCUGAGUUAGGCCUCUGUAUGUAUCAGUUUGAAUGCAUGAUUCAGGAGCAGCUUCCAGAGCUUCAUGUGCACUUUCAAGCCCAGAGUUUUCAUACCUCUAUGUAUGCGUCAUCCUGGUUCCUGACUAUUUUUCUAACAAGUUUCCCACUACCCGUUGCCACAAGACUUUUUGAUAUUUUUAUGUCUGAGGGUUUAGAAAUAGUUUUUCGAGCAGGCCUCGCUGUUCUCCAGAUGAACCAAACAGAGUUAAUGCAGCUAGAUAUGGAAGGCAUGUUACAGCACUUUCAGAAAGUCAUUCCACAUCAGUUCGAUGGGGGCCCAGAAAAGUUAAUUCAAGCAGCAUACCAAGUCAAAUACAAUGCAAAAAAGAUGAAAAAGUUAGAAAAGGAGUACACUACAAUAAAGACAAAGGAAAUGGAAGAACAAGUUGAGAUUAAGAGGUUACGCACAGAAAACAGGCUUUUGAAGCAACGUAUUGAAACCUUAGAGAAGGAAAGUGCAUCCUUGGCAGAUAGAUUGAUCCAGGGACAAGUGACAAGGGCCCAGGAGGCAGAGGAAAACUACCUCAUAAAACGGGAACUGGCCACCAUGAAACAGCAGAAUGAUGAGUCCAGCGGUAAGCUGGAGCAGGCUCACCAUACCAUCGGCGAUCUGCUGCAACAAAAGCAAUUGCAUAAAUGCAGUCCUCGCUAUUCUGAAGAGUUUGUACUACAACUGGAGAAGGAAUUGGUUCAUGCAAGACUUAAAGAAGCUGAAUCUCACUGUGCUAUGAAAGAAAUACAAGACAAAAUUUUGGAGAUUGAGAAGAAAAACAGCUCGUUCCCUGAUGAGAACAACAUUGCAAGGCUUCAAGAGGAGCUCAUUGCAGUGAAGUUACGAGAGGCAGAAGCUGUGAUGUCUUUAAAAGAGCAGAGGCAACAGAUAAGAGAUCUGGAAGAUCACUGGCAGAGACAUUUAGCCCGCACUGCAGGUCGGUGGAAAGAUCCUCCCAAAAAGAACACUAUUAAUGAGCUUCAGGAUGAAUUGAUGAGCGUACGCCUAAGAGAAGCGGAAAGACAAGCAGAUGUACGAGAAAUGAAGCAACGGAUGAUGGAGUUGGACACACAGAACCAGAUAAACGGCAACCAUCUGAGAAGAGCAGAGCAAGAGGUCAAAAGCUUACAAGCUAAAGUGCAAUAUCUGUCCACACAAAACAAGACCCUGCAAUCUCAGCUGACUGAAACAAAGCGCAAGCAAGCAGAGAUGGAGUGCAAGAACAAGGAAGAAGUUAUGGCAGUAAGACUACGAGAAGCAGAUAGUAUUGCAGCUGUGGCUGAGCUCCAGCAACAUAUAGCAGAGCUAGAGAUUCAGAAAGAAGAAGGGAAAUUACAAGGACAGCUCGACAAUUCUGACUCGAGCCAGUACAUCAGAGAAUUAAAGGAUCAAAUUGUAGAACUGAAACACGAGAUUCGUUGUAUAAAAAGUCAGAAGGGCUUAUCAGACCCACCCACUUUUGAUGGCAUCCAUAUCGUCAAUCACAUAAUCGAAGAUGACGUGUCAUUCCAUUCGUCUGAUGAAGACUUCGCCUCUGGCUCACUAGGACAAGGGGAUGGUCAUUACAGCCUGACCAAAAAGCAUGCAAAGCUGAUGUUGGUACCUUCUGACUUGGAUAGCAGUGACAGCGACACUGAAAUACUAGACAUCCUUGUGGAUUCCGAUGUAGUGGUCCAAAAACCAGUGGCUAAAAGAACAGAACCCUACUCCACGACGGUCUGAUAAUCACUGUGACUCUUCAUCAAAUUGAUGGAAAUGGACACUCAUCAAUGUUACAGUAUGUCCUGGACUUAUUACAAACCUGACUUGACCCAGCAUGUAAAGAACUUCGACUUGCCUUCAUACUUUGCCAAACUGUCACCAUUGCCAUACACUAGACUAGAACGUUCACUGGACACUUUUUUUUUUUUUGUGCUAACAGUAUUAACAAAAUGUUUUUCUUGCAAUGUUUUAGUUCUCCAUCAAUGCAUACAAUUAAUUUGAUGAGCAAAUAUCAUAGGAAGACGUGUUUUGCCGUUUACCACACUGGUAGUGCAAAUUUUUGACGUUCUUUAAAACAAAGGAGAAACCUGUGCAAUAUUUAAUGCCUGUUGAACAAAGCAUUUGUCCUUUUUAUAUAUGUAAAUAUGUUGUGUAGUGUCUAGCUACGGUCUUCAAAUCCCCCCUCUAAUGCUGUCACAUGUUCAGAGGAGGAUACAUACAAUGUGUCCGUGGUGGAAAUACAAAGAUAUAAAUGCAAAAACUCAAGGGACAGACAUUAAGGCACUUGUAUGCAAGCUGUAGGAAGGAGUGUCCAGCUAUUGCCUAUAGCAUCUAAUCUAAGUUUCUGCCUUUUAAUUUUCUAUGCUGAGUGUUGACAUAUAAGAGAGAAUCUGCCUAUAGACAUCACCUCUUUGUGUUUUGAGGCACAAGGUCUGUCACUAUAUAUGG